AUGCCCAUUUCGCACCCUCAGACAACGGGGUUAGCAUUCGACGAGCAGUUCAACGCGCCCGAUGCAGAUAUCAUCAUACGCUCAUCCGAUGGCGUCAACUUUGCUGUAUACAAACACAUCCUGCAGUUAGCCUCACCUGCGCUCCGCGACAUAAUAUCCCUAUCGACGUCUCCCCCUUCGUCUCUCCCCGUCGCGGACAUACCCGAGGAUCAGGUGUCCACGCGCAUGCUGCUACAGUUCUGCUACCCACGCACGGUCUGCCCAGAGCCCGAACUCCUCGGGAUGAACCAAGUCGAGCGCGCGGCAGAUCUUGCGCAAAAGUAUGGUAUUCGCAUCAUACGAGAGGCGGCCAAAGCGGCGCUCGUGGCUCUGGCGGCCACUCCCAGCGCCUCGAAGCCCUACACAGUGGCACUUCGGUACGGGUACACGGACAUACUGCGCCCGAUCGCCCGUCGCCGUUGCUCGUUACUUCCCGAGCCCGACAAGAAGGGGCGGGAUGCCAGAAGUAGUAGUGACCUCAGCGCCGAUCCGAGUCGCUUCCUGGAAUGCCUCGACGCCACAGGAUCAGACAUCCUCGGGCGGUUCAGAAGUGCACUCUCGGCCGCAUGCGCGGAUCUCCUUCGCGCGGGCUCUUCUCGCGAGCAUCCCAUUUCCUGGAUCAGAUACGACGAGGUCUACGAGGAGGCGCUCUCGUACACGCGCGACAGGCCCGAUAUCCGCUGUACGUGCGAGAAAGUGCCGCUCUGGAUUCACGUCCUGGUUAUGACGCCAGACAGCUGGGACGAACGCCCGGCGUGCAAGGAUAUCCGGGGCUGGUGGUGGUCGUACGUGCGGGAGAUCGUCACGGCCAUCCAGAAGCAGAGCGGCAAUGGUUCGUUAGAAUACACUGUCAACACGGCACGUGCGAAUGCGGUGAAGCAAGCGACGCUGUGCGCGCGGUGUCGACGGGACAUAGAGAAGAUCAUGAGCAUACUGGAGAUCCCCACGAAGAUGAACUUGAUGAGCGAGAUCAAUAAGCGCGUUGAAGAGAUCCCGCUCGAGACGACGCUGCCGGACUCGAAGUGA